AUGGACAUCCUGGCCCAAAAAAAGAAACAAAGGCAGCAACUACCCAUCACCAUGUUCCUCGUCAAAAAAAAGACGCCACAAGAUACGCCACAAGCUACUCCUACUGGCACCCCCACUGCUGCUGCUACUCGAACUCCUACGCCUCGAACGCCCACUCGUACUCCUGCUCGCUCAUCUCCUCCUCCUGCAGCCCGUACGCCUCCGCCAGCCUCUCCUACUCUCUCGCAAUCCAUCAUCUUCAUUACCAUCGAUCAUCAAGAAUCAUCGUCACCAUCGUCAUCAUCAAGAUCUUCGUCAGCCACGCACAGAGGAGAGAUCGUCAAACAUUAUUUUCCGAGCCUGUUCCCAGAUCCUGACCCAGCCCGUCCUGACCCGUUCCGCCUGCCACCUGGAUUCGACCUCUCUUGCCUGCCUGUCCUCGCCUGCCUGUCCUCGUCCCCCGGUAAAGACCUGCCUUUGUUUCACCUCGCCUCUCCGCCUGAGCCCUGGAUGUUGAACCGCCUUCUGCCCAUGACCACAUCUUCAGUCUGCGCCCACCUGGUUCAAGAGAGGAUUCUCCGGCUCCCGACCUACCGCCUGUCCCUGGCUCUCCUACUGCCUGCUCCCUGCCUGUUCUUAGCCUCCGGAAUAGAAAUUUGCCCUGAAAACAAAGCAGUUCAGGCUGAAAUCGUCGACCAACACAAUGUCUUCAGGAGAGACGUUCAGCCGACUGCCUCCAACAUGCUCAGAAUGAACUGGAGUGAUGAGGUCGCUGCCAAUGCACAGGCCUGGCUUAAUAAAUGCAUUUUGGCUCAUGGACCCCCCAGUACCCGUACGAUCAACGGAUAUGAAUUAGGUGAGAAUCUGUUCUAUUCAUCUAUACCUUACACAUGGACGGACGUGAUCAGCGCCUGGCACGGUGAGGUGGCACAUUACCAAUAUCCCAACGGAUCCACCAACAGCCAGACCGUCGGCCACUACACUCAGGUGAUCUGGAACAGCUCAUACAAAGUCGGCUGUGGAGUCACGCUGUGUCCUAAUGACGUCUACUUCUAUGGCUGCCAUUAUUACAGAGCAGGGAACUUCAAGCGGUGGCCGCCUUAUAAGGCCGGGCCUCCAUGUGCUUCCUGUCCUGAUCACUGUGAAGACAAACUCUGCACCAAUCCCUGUCCUUAUAUAAAUAAUUUCCUCAACUGUCCAACCCUGACAGCGAAGUAUGGAUGCAGUAACACACAUGUGUAUGCCUGGUGUCCUGCUGCAUGCAAAUGCCACGACCAGAUCAUCCCAAUACACUGAAAUGAAACCCUUCAUAGUUGCAGUCUGUGUAUUCUGAACUAAUGCACCUGUUGAGCUUAAACACCCAAUACACCCUUGAAGCAAGCAAAGAGUAGUGUAAUAUUAGGCUUAUUGAUUUAUUGCCUUAACCCAUAAA